AUGCCAAAACAGAAUUGCUCAUUUACCGCUGAACUUCAACGGGACUUCCCUUUUUUUAAAAAAGUCGCUGGAUCCCGCGUGAAAUGCGACAAGUGUACAGCCGAGUUUUGCACAAUUCUUAAUAUGGAGAAAUCAGAUGCUAGUGUCACAGACGUCGUAAUGCAAAUGAUAAGGCUAAAGACAAACCUGCAAGACAGAUUAGAAAACAAAUUUAUCCCACAUGGUGCCAAGCAAAUACUGAAGAGAUUGGAGGGCGAUCUAAGAGUGAACAUAAAUGAGUUGAAUGAAGAGAUUUGGGAUUUUUAUAGAAGAGCCAUUCAAUAUCUGGAUUUGUGGAAGGAUAUAGUUUCGGUGGGGCGGAACAUUAUGACUGGAUAUGUCUAA